AUGCCCCACGGAGCCUGUGUACACAUGUUGGCUGCCUCUUGGUUCAGCAUCUGUUUGAGUGCCAUCACGUACACUGCCAGCACCUUCUCUCUUUCCUUCUGCGGCCCCAACACUGUCCACCAGUUUUUCUGUGAUGGUCCCCAGUUGCUAAGAAUUGCAUGUUCCACUGACCAUCUCCCAGGAAAUGUGAGCUUAGCCAUCAGCAUGUGCUUAUCUGUCUUCUGCUUCGUGCUAAUCGUGGCCUCCUAUGUCCGCAUCUUCUCAGCUGUGCUGAGGAUGCCAUCGGUGGAGGGCCGCUCCAAAGCCUUCUACACCUGUGUACCCCACCUGGUCGUCGUCACUCUGUUCGUCACGUCUGGUAUGUUUGCCUAUCUAAAGCCGAUAUCAGACUCUCCCUCUGCACUGGACCUGGUGGUGUCUGUGUUCUAUGCUGUUGUGCCCCCUACUCUUAAUCCCCUCAUCUACAGAAUCAACCCAAAGCUCCCCUCUUUGUCACGGAGCCUGAACCUGAGGAAGCCAAGGAAAAUUCAGCACAGAGAGAUGUUAAAUUACAGGGUCAAUUGCAGUGACAGAAUAGUUGGUUUAUCAAUGUCCAGAUAUGACAUUGUGUUCUGA